UAAACCACGCACUGUAGCUGAAAAGCAAAAGCUAACUUCCAUUCAAACACACCUUCCCCAGCUUACACCAACUAGCCAAACCAGUCACCCUCCCUUCCUAGCCUCUCAAAAUGUAAGUCUGAACUCUUUUUAAAUUUCACAUCACUUCUUCUUCCCCUGAGAGAGAUGAGAACCACAAGAAUGGAGGUUAUCCGAUCCGAAAAAAGCAUGAUUUACAAUCAAAAUCAAGUUUUCAUACUGAUUUUAGAGUAACAAAUGUGUAGAGCAAAUAGCGUAUAUAUUAGCCGUCGUUGAAGAAUAAAGGGAAGGAGCAAUGAGGAUCAUGAAGGCAGUGAGGAUAUAAGAAACAUUCUGCAAGAACUGAAGAGAAUUAAUUGACUGCUCUUUUUUCCAUUACAGAAUGGGAUAUGAAAACAAUAUAGGGAAGUAUCGUUUGGGACGAACCAUCGGAGAAGGUACUUUUGCCAAGGUUAAGCUGGCCUUGGAUACCACAAAUGGCCGUUAUGUUGCAGUCAAGAUCAUCGAUAAGCAGAUGGUUGUGGAAAGCAAUCUCAAGUCUCAGGUGAAAAGAGAGAUAAGAACCAUGAAACUGCUGCAUCACCCCAACAUCGUACAGAUAUACGAGGUGAUCGGUACAAAGACGAAAAUUUACCUUGUAAUGGAAUAUGUACCCGGAGGACAACUUUCAGACAAGUUGUCUUACAUCAAGAAAUUUGGCGAAUCCGAAGCUAGGAAAGUUUUCCAUCAACUAAUUGAUGCUGUAGAUUAUUGUCAUAACAGGGGAGUAUAUCACAGAGAUCUAAAGCCAGAAAACCUGCUACUGGAUAACAAGGGAAAUAUCAAAGUAUCCGAUUUCGGACUAAGUGCAUUGAGGAAGCCAGGAGAUAUACUAAAUACGACAUGCGGCUCCCCAUGCUAUGUAGCACCUGAGCUUCUUGCUAAUAAGGGCUAUGAUGGAGCUGCGGCAGAUGUUUGGUCUUGUGGAGUAAUCCUUUAUGAACUACUUGCAGGUCAUCUACCAUUUGAUGACAAUAACCUUAUGAUAUUAUACAAGAAGAUAUCUGGAGCAGAAUAUGCAUUUCCACAAUGGUUUACAGAAAAUCAAAAGAAGCUAAUCUCCAGGAUACUUUGCGCAAAUCCUAAAAAGAGGGUAACUAUUCCAGAAAUCAUUGAAGAUAAAUGGUUUCGGAAAGAUUACGUACGUUCUUGUGGAUAUGAAUGCACUGAGAAAGUCCAGCUUGAUGAUGUGAAUGCUGCGUUAGAUUCAAUAGAGGAGAAAGGAAAAGAGACAAACAUGACCAAAUCCUCAAAUUUCAUCAACGCUUUCCAAUUGAUAGCAAUGUCACAAGACCUUGAUUUAUCCGGUCUCUUUGAAGAGCAGGACAAUAAGCAAAUGACAAGACUAGGCUCUAAGCAUACAGUUAAUGAGACUAUCAAGAAAAUAGAAGCUGCAGCAAUGGAUGUGAGUUUGGCAGUCGAACGGACGAAUAAUUUCAAGAUGAAAAUGCUUCUUCCAAAACAAAGAAUGACUAGAUGUUCCAGAUCAUAUUUUGACCUAUCAGCAAAGGUAAUUGAGGUUUCUCCCAGUAAUUGUGUCGUGGAAAUAUCAAAAUCAGCCGGGGAGAUAAGAUUGUACAAAGAGUUUUGCUCAAGCCUAUCAAGUUUGCUGAAAGAUAAAGGAAAAGUGCCAUUGCAUAUUCAGGACUCCAAUGAAAUUAGCACAGAGGACAAAAGUAUACAACAAAGUGUCAGCCGAGAAGAUAAUUGCAACAAAAAUAGCAAGGAUAGAGGCUAUUUGUCCUCUUGAUCAUUACAGAGAAAUUUAAUUUAGUAAAGCCUUUGUCCAAUGUAAUUUCCAGGAGGAUCAUAGUUGCAAGUCAUGAAAACACCCCUACCCCCAAGACACACCACUCUAGCACAACCAAUUCUACUUGUACUUCUCCAAAUAAUCAGAGAAUAAUGUCCACAAUCCCGAUUCCCAACACAA